GCCCGUCCCCAGCCGGCUCCAUGGCUGUGUGCAAUGGAGACGCCAAGCUGGAGAAUGCUGGAGAUCUCCAGGAUGGCCAAUAUCACUAUGAGGGGGCAGUGGUAAUACUCGAUGCUGGAGCUCAGUAUGGAAAAGUCAUAGAUCGUCGAGUACGAGAAUUGUUUGUCCAAUCUGAGAUCUUUCCUUUGGAGACUCCAGCCUUUGCAAUCAAGGAGCAAGGAUUCCGGGCUAUCAUCAUAUCUGGAGGACCAAACUCUGUGUAUGCGGAAGAUGCACCUUGGUUUGACCCAGCAAUAUUUACAAUCGGCAAACCAGUUCUUGGAAUCUGCUAUGGCAUGCAGAUGAUGAAUAAGGUAUUUGGAGGUACAGUGCACAAAAAAGAUGUUAGAGAAGAUGGAGUUUUCAACAUUACUCUGGAUAACACAUGCUCACUGUUCAGGGGCCUUCAGAAGGAGGAGUUUGUGCUCCUCACUCAUGGAGAUAGUGUAGAUAAAGUAGCUGAUGGGUUCAAAAUUGUUGCACAAUCUGGGAACAUUAUAGCAGGUAUAGCAAAUGAAUCUAAAAAACUGUAUGGAGUUCAAUUCCACCCUGAAGUUGGCCUUACAGAGAAUGGAAAAGUGAUACUGCAGAAUUUCCUCUAUGAUAUUGCUGGAUGCAGUGGUAACUUCACAGUAGAAAAUAGACAGCUUGCGUGUAUUCAAGAUAUCAAAGAGAAAGUGGGUUCAUCAAAAGUCCUGGUUUUACUCAGUGGAGGUGUGGACUCAACAGUGUGUACUGCUCUCCUGAACCAGGCUUUAAACCAAGACCAAAUCAUAGCUGUACACAUAGAUAAUGGAUUCAUGCGCAAGAGGGAAAGUCUGUCUGUGGAGGAGGCACUCAAAAAACUUGGAAUUCAAGUCAAAGUGGUAAAUGCAGCCCAUUCAUUCUACAAUGGUACAACAACUCUGCCAAUCUCCGAUGAAGACAGAACUCCCCGAAAAAGAAUUAGCAAGACUUUAAAUAUGACUACAAGUCCUGAGGAAAAAAGAAAAAUUAUUGGUGACACCUUUGUGAAGAUUGCCAAUGAGGUAAUUGGAGAAAUGAAUCUGAAACCUGAAGAGGUCUUUCUUGCUCAGGGAACCCUAAGACCUGAUCUCAUUGAAAGUGCUUCCCUUGUUGCAAGUGGCAAAGCUGAAGUAAUAAAAACUCAUCACAAUGACACAGAGCUGAUCAGAAAGCUGAGAGAAGAGGGUAGAGUAAUAGAGCCACUGAAGGACUUCCACAAGGAUGAAGUAAGAGUGCUAGGGAGAGAACUUGGUCUCCCAGAAGAGCUGGUCUCAAGGCAUCCUUUCCCAGGUCCUGGCCUAGCAAUCAGAGUAAUAUGUGCUGAAGAACCUUAUGUUUGCAAAGACUUCCCUGAAACUAACAACAUUUUGAAAAUAGUAGCAGAUUUUUCUGCAAGUGUUAAAAAGCCACACACUCUGUUACAAAGGGUCAAAGCAUGCACAACUGAAGAGGACCAGGAGAAGCUGAUGCAGAUCACAAGCCUACAUUCACUGAAUGCCUUCUUGCUGCCAAUCAAAACUGUGGGAGUGCAGGGUGACUGUCGCUCAUAUAGCUAUGUAUGUGGGAUCUCCAGUAAAGAUGCUCCACACUGGGAGUCUCUUAUGUUCCUAUCCAGGCUCAUACCACGCAUGUGCCACAACAUUAACAGAGUUGUCUAUGUGUUCGGUCCACCAGUCAAAGAACCUCCAACAGAUGUUACACCCACUUUCCUGACAACCGGAGUCCUCAGCACUUUACGCCAAGCUGAUUUUGAGGCUCAUAAUAUUCUCAGGGAGUCUGGUUAUGCCGGAAAAAUCAGCCAGAUGCCAGUAAUUUUGACACCAUUGCAUUUUGACCGAGACCCCCUACAGAAACAACCUUCCUGCCAGAGAUCUGUGGUUAUUCGAACCUUUAUCACUAGUGACUUCAUGACAGGCAUUGCAGCAACUCCUGGCAAUGAGAUCCCAGAAGAGGUUGUGUUGAAGAUGGUGACAGAGAUUAAGAAGAUUCCUGGCAUUUCUCGGGUGAUGUAUGACUUGACAUCAAAGCCACCAGGGACUACUGAAUGGGAGUAACAAAUUUUGUUUUUCUAUUAAAGUACUGUGUGCAGUUUAAAUUAUAUCAGAAACCAUUCCCAGUGUUGACAUGCAGUACUGUGAAAAGAGUGACUGGAGCUGCUACAUAACAUCUGAUUCCUCUCCUGGAGCAUAAAUCUGCAGUUAAGAGCUAUGUUGGGGAUAACUGUAAGUGGGGCUGAGGAUUUGUACGGGUAAAUAAUCAUGGCAGCAUUGCCUGUGCGCAGACAGAUUCAUAUUGCUUUUGCCUUUUGUCUUUACUGAUUUUUCCUGUUUUCAUGUGUUUUAUUGUUACUGUCAUUUCAAUGUCUCUGUUUUUGUACACUGUGUAAAAAGAGACAGUUUAUUUACUUUUACCAAAAUCAUUGUUACAGCCUAAAAAUGUAAAAUGAAUAAUUAAUGUGACCAACUGCUUUUGAACAGAUUUAUUAUAAAUAAAUAUU